CUAUAAGCCUGAAGAGGAGAGAGUGUUCCUGUUUAUUGCAGAGUUAACUUCAUAAUCUGAAACAGGUGGAAGACCUCUGUGAAAAACACCAUCUGCAAGAGAAAGAUACCACUUUCUGAUGGAAAUGGAGAUGCCGCUGCAAAUAAUACCUGAAUAUUUCAGGAAUUCAGAAACCAGGCCAACAAUAAACGUCCAAAAGAAAGCCAAGAUUUCAGCGCCAAAGGUUUUUGAGCCACAAACUGUUCAGCCAGUUCAUGGUCUAAUAUGGCAAAUGUCACCCCCUCAAAUCAAGCCACCGGGAUCUACAUGUUUGGAGACAUUGCCCUUGGACAAGAAGACUUUGGAAGAUAAGUCUCUGAAACACAUGCCUUUAGAGGUCAUCCCACCAAAGGCCAAGUGCUAUGAAAGGCAAAUGGAAACAAAAUCUUUGGAAGAUCACAUGUUAAGAUUACAAAAUCUCUGCCGCAUUUGUGGAGUUUCCUUUAAUACCAACAGCUAUGACAUGAAAUACCCAGUCAAUGGCCCUGUUGAUGAUGUCACACAAGAGGUUCUUAGGAAAAUGGGAUAUGGACAUAGUUUUUGGCCUGAGCUCAUCCACAACACAUUUAAUAUUGAUGUGCGGCUGGACUCAGAGGCCAGACAUCCCACCCACUUUUGCUACAAUUGCUGGCGGAUUGUUAUUCAGACAAUCAACAACACAACUAACGAAGAUGCAUUUUUUCCCAUCAGCACAAUUGUUCAGUGGAAGCCACACUCCAAUUUCUGCAAUGUUUGCAACUUUCGAAAUGGGACUCGCAAACGGAAAGUUCUCAAACGAAGUCCACCAGCCGCAAAGAAGCCCAAAACGGCAGUCGAUAUAUCAAGAAUUACUAAAAGAACAGAUCAAAGAAAUUCGACAAGUAUUCUAUUGGCCAAGAAGAUUGUUAACUGCAAGAAGAUCCACCUAAAUACAAAACUCCUUAUGCUCGAUUAUCCCAAUAACUUUAUUCAGUCAGUGUCGUGCCAGGUCUGUGAACAUUUACUGGCUGACCCAGUGCAAUCACCAUGCAAGCAUCUUUUCUGCAGAACAUGCAUUCUCAAAUGCACUGCAGUGCUCGGAAAAUAUUGUCCCGUUUGCAGGUUUCCUUGCGAUCCCACAGAGUGUAGAAGCCCAGUAAAAUCAUUUGUAAGUGUUCUCAAUUCAUUGGUUUUAAAAUGUCCAGUGGCAGAUUGUGGAGAGGAGGUGAGACUUGGCGAAUAUCCCAACCAUGCCAAGUAUCACAAAGAGAAAAGAAUGCUGCACGCCUACUCACCAACAAACAAGGGUGGCCGGCCGAGGCAACACUUACUCUCUCUAACUCGCCGGGCUCAAAAACAUCGGCUGCGAUAUCUCAAACUUCAGGUGAAGGCAUUUGCGGACAAGGAGGAAGGUGGUGAUGUGAAGUCAGUGUGCCUUACUCUGUUCGUGCUGGCAUUGAGAGCUGGUAACGAGCACAGGCAAGCAGAUGAACUGGAGGCUCUGAUGCAAGGACAUGGAUCAGGGCUGAAGCCAGCAGUCUGUCUUGCCAUUAGGGUUAGCACCUUUCUAAGUUGCAGUCAGUAUCAUAAAAUGUAUAAAACCGUCAAAGCAACAACCGGGAAGCAAAUCUUCCAACCGCUGCAUGCACUCCGAAGUGCAGAGAAAACCUUGUUGCCGGGUUAUUAUUCAUUUGAAUGGGAACCUCCUCUACCACAAGUCUCUACCAACACUGAAGUAGGGAUAAUAGAUGGUACUUGUGGUUGGUCACACUGUGUUGACGAAUAUCCAAUGGAAACAAUUUCAAGACGAUUUAGGUACGAUGUGGCACUUGUAUCAACACUGAAAGAUCUUGAGGAUAAUAUUUUGGAAGGUUUGAAAUGCCAAAAUAUCGAUGAGUAUUUUGGUGGACCAUUUACAGUGGUAAUCAAAGAAUCUUGCGAUGGAAUGGGCGAUGUUAGUGAAAAACAUGGAUGUGGUCCUCCAGUUCCGGAGAAGGCAGUGAGGUAUUCCUUCACAAUCAUGACUAUAAGCGUGGAGAAUGAAAAUGGUGAGAAAGUGAACGUCUUUGAGGAGCUAAAGCCAAAUUCUGAGUUGUGCUGCAAGCCACUUUGCCUGAUGCUGGCCGAUGAAUCUGACCACGAAACCAUGACGGCAAUCCUGGGUCCCCUAGUCGCCGAAAGAGAAGCAAUGAAAAGCAGUGACUUAAUCCUUGAAAUUGGAGAUUUGCCCAGAUCCUUUAAGUUUAUCUUUCGAGGCACGGGUUAUGAUGAAAAGCUGGUCCGUGAGUUGGAAGGCCUUGAAGCAUCAGGCUCGAUGUAUGUGUGUACACUCUGUGAUGCCACUCGAAGCAACGCUUCACAAAAUCUGACCCUUCAUUCCAUAACGCGAAGCCAUGAAGAGAACUUAGAGCGCUAUGAAGUUUGGCGCACAAAUCCAUAUCAGGAGACCGCUGAAGAGUUACGUGACAGGGUGAAGGGGGUUGCAGCAAAAGCAUUUAUUGAAACACAGCCCUCCAUAGAUGCUCUACACUGUGACAUUGGCAAUGCAACUGAAUUCUACAAGCUAUUCCAGGAUGAGAUUGGGGAGUUGCACAAAAAUCCUAGUCCAUCUAAGGAGGAAAGGAAAAGGUUGCAGGCAAUGCUUGAUAAACAUUUCAGGGAAAAGAUAAACCUGAAACCUAUCAUGAGGCUGAAUGGAAACUUUGCAAGGAAACUAAUGACUGAAGAGACUGUGGAAGCAGUAUGUGAACUGAUUCCUUCUGAAGAAAGACGAGAGAUUCUCAGGGAAUUGAUGCACCUUUACAUUCUCAUGAAACCCGUGUGGCGAUCCACAUUCCCACUCAAAGAAUGCCCGGAUCUUGUUUGUCAGUACAGCUUUAAUUCCCAGAGAUUUGCAGAACUGCUUAAUACAAAGUUCAAGUACAGAUAUGAUGGGAAGAUCACCAACUACCUUCAUAAGACUUUGGCUCAUGUCCCUGAGAUCAUUGAAAGAGAUGGCUCAAUAGGUGCAUGGGCAAGUGAAGGCAAUGAAUCAGGCAACAAACUCUUUCGCCGUUUCAGAAAGAUGAAUGCAAGGCAGUCCAAGAGCUAUGAGCUGGAAGAUAUACUGAAGCACCACUGGUUGUAUACUUCAAAAUAUUUACAGAGGUUCAUGGAAGUGCACAAUGCAGUAAUCAGCCAAGAUAAUUCAAUAAAUGAAAAUGAUUCCAAUAAUUUUUAAAUUGAGUUCUUGGAGCUGAAAUCGGUUCUAAAUAAUUUUAACCACAGGAGGCUGAACAGCCGAUGGUCUGGAGGUUUGCCGUGGCCAAGCCUGGGGAGCAGAGAUGGUGUUGAUGAAGAAAUCCCAGUAGUGUUAUUAAAAUAAUAUGGUCAUUGUAUGAUGAACAAGGCCAGUGAUAACUGCAUGUCUCAACUGCAGCCAAAGUGGAAAGUAAUCACAAAUUGGUGAGCAUUUUAGUAUUGUUUGGAUCUUGUUAGGCAAUCACAUAAAGCAGGAACAUUGGUUAGAUUCUCUGUUCUGAUAUGAAAGAAAACUGGGCAAGAUGAGGACUUCAAAUGAAGGAGUACUUUUAAUUUUCGUAAUGCCAGAUGAAAACCUUUUAAAAUAAACAAUGGCAUGGUUAUUGAUGGGAAGAAAGUGACGAAGAUCUGCAGUGCCAGUCGAUUGUGAUAUUUUGCUUUUCUGAAUUUUUAUCUAAUUUCUUGAUUUCUCUGACAAAAAAUGUAUUUGCUUUAUUUUAAACUUUACGAUUGUUUUUUUUUAAACAAUUAAAAUGUAAGAUGAAAUGCAGCUUGUGAUCCCUGCAGCCAAGGCUUUGGCUCAAAUUGAUGCCUUCUAUUGGGAGAGGUGAAGGUGAAAGCUCGAGCGAGUACUGAUAAAGACCUCAUAAUGAUUCCAGCUCAGCUGUGAGGAAUGGCGUCUACCAACACACAGGUCUCUUGCAUGGACAUGUGCUGUUUCCAUGGCAUUGAAUCUGAGUCCAAAAUAGGCAGCAACAAGUUUGUAUUCCUUAGUUAUUUUAUAUGCAGUAAUUUUGUGGUCAAUUUCUAAUGCUACAUGGAAAUAUAUUGCUUUGAUUUUUGAGUAACCUCAUCGGAGAGUCACUGACAUUUAUUAUAGACAUAGAAAUUAGAAUUUUGUCAUUUCAUAUUUUAUGUAGCUGUUGCAUUGUGGCAUUACUUUUGCCAAUACACACAUGCACUGUUUUUUUUUAAAGGAUAUGAUCAGUACCUGUCACCACAUGAUUUUUGGCCAUUGAUAGCUGAGCUGUACAUUCAUGGUUUUCUACAGACAAAAUAAAUUGCUGUCAACAUAUACCACUGGUUUCUUGGGUGAUUUAGAAAGCUUUAAAACAAAUUGGGCAGGUGUAAUUUAUUUCCCAAAUCAAAAUACAAAAAAAAAUCCCAGGUUGCAAUGUCACCAAAAUAAGAUUAGGCUGCACGGACUUGAUUUUUAUUCAGAAUGCCGUUAAAUUGAGCCACAAAUGCACAAUUUACAUGGUGGAGAUUAAUUUUUUCAAUGCCAGUUCAUUUUUCUUAGUUCUGUCAGAAAUGAAAUCUAAGAUCCCAAAGAGUAGACACCAGUGCACUCAUUUUUUUAAUCUGGUGCUACAAAGUAAAAACAGGAACUGGCUAAAUGCAACUAUUUCAGUCUGUAUGUGUGGUGUUUGUUUACCAUCUGUACUAUAUUGGCAACAAAAAGAUGGACGAAUACAAUUACAAGUAAUGUUAUUGCUCUGGCUAUUGAUGGAUAGAAAAAAAUGUUUAAGGAAGAACCAAGUGUCCUUGAUUGCAUGAGAGCAAGGAUUUAAAUUGUCUUUAACUGAAAUAUGGUAAUUUGGCGAUGGGCGGAAUACUUGGGGGGUUAUCUGAUAGUUUGUAUUUUUAAGCUAAAUUUAAUAUGUUAUUUUGUUAGUGAUGGAUAGUCAUGUAUGGAUAAUAUUUUUUAUUCAGACAUAUGUAGAAUUUAAUGAAUUGUGUUGAAGUGUUAAUUUCUGAUAUUACAGAACUCACAACAGUAGAUAG